AUGGAAACGGGAGUGGGCAUCGGCGAGGCGCCGACGACGCAUGCGAUGGAACGAGUCUCUCCGGAUUGGAGCUUGCAACCGCUCACGAUGGAACUCGUGGCCGGAAUGACAGCCGUUUACAACGAGGGCUUCGGCAGCAAGAGAUGCUGUAUCUGCUUUCCGUUCACGGACACCGAUGGCACUAGGCUGCGCUACUACCAACGCCACCCAGAGCGUCUGCCGAUGUGUGGGAUCGCCGUGGGAGCGGAUGGCACGCCGCUCGGCUUCGUGCAGGUGGCGGUUCAUCCCAUGCAGGACCAAUAUGGCAUCCACACCCUGCAGCCUGGCGAGGCUUACAUCGAGCAGGUCGGGGUCGCGGCCGCAGCGCGCGGCAAGGGCAUCGGCAAGGCGCUGCUGCAGUGGGCGGAGACGCUGGCGACCGAUCGCAAGUCGAGCGUCCUGACCCUGACGGUGCUCCACGGCAACCCGGCGCUGCGGCUCUACGAGCGCUUUGGCUUCGAGGCGCUGCCACCCCCUGACCCUGUAGAGCGAUGCUUCGACAUCUGCGGCACCUUCUGGAUCGUCGGGCGGCCGUACGGCCUCUGCGAUCCGCACUGGGGUUCCGUCGAGAUGAGGAAAGCCGUGCCGGGCAGGUAG